CUCAGGAGCAGUGAUUCGAGAUCACGUUUAGCUACAAUGGCGAACGACCAACAGGUAUAAUUGAUAUUGUUGUUUUCCUCGUAUCAUAUAUAUGCAUGGUUAAUAAUUAAGUCUCUUUAGCCACGUUCAACGAGAUUGAACGAAUUCGAAAGCGUACGUAUAUCCGUUUAAAAAGUAAUUUCUACGGUAAGCUGUACUCGAAAUCGUCCGGUUUCAGAGAGAAUCGUGCAAAUUUCAUUUCUGUUCCGCAUUUAUCCAGUCUCGAUGAGAAUGAAGUCAGUUUAGUCUUCGUAGACUACCAGGCAGUAGCAUAGUGUAGAUAGUCUUAUAUAGAAUAAAUAUAUAAUUAUUACUGUUCUUUUGAGUAUCGAAUUCUGUCCUCACGGAUUCUAUUCCAUACCCGUUAUCCGUUGUCGGGGUCUUAUGACUAGUACGGUUGACUAAAUUACAACUUGAUAUGAAAAUAGUCAUGUUAAUAUAAUGUUUUCUGCAGUUAACUGGUCUAAUACAGUAUCACUACAAACAGAAUUUUAGGAAGCUAUUUACCUAUUCCUUAGAGUAUUGUGAUUUCACCAUGACUACGACCUAAACAUGAGGUUAAAGCCAUACACAUGCACUUACGUCAUUCUGGCGUAUGCAAAUAGAAAUGGCUACGUCUGCAGACGCCUCUUCUCUGUUCAUCAGAAUAUGGCGAAAUUUGAAAUGUGACAUCUUUACAACGUAUUUAUUUGAGUAUAUACAUACACCAGUAUAAGAAUACUACUAGUCGUAUUGUGUAGUUUGGCCUUUAGAGACCAAACUACAGAAAUGCCUGCUCACAGGGACCCGGAAGAAUUCGGAAUAAACGGAACCUAAAUUUGCCCGGCUUCACGGGACGCAUGAAAGCGGAUGAAUUUUAGCACAGCUGCAUGACUAUGAGAAUAAAUGAAACCCGACGAAUUUUCUCUCUAGUUCUGUGGUAAAGUUUGCCGGUUACUCGCAAUGCACUCUUCCCGAAAGUACUUAGCCGUAGAUUUUGAGCCUCGUUUUGUGGUUGCGAUAUCGGCUUUACAGUCUUUAUCUUGUCACCGCGAUGACUAGAUUUUAUAAAGGUCUUUUAUAUUAUCUAAUUUGACUGUGACACUGGGCCAUAAUUUAGUCUGCACAUGCCACAAAAUAAAUGGCUCUAAAGCCGAUAUCUCAAUCUCGAAAACGAGGGUAUAUUAUAUGCAGAGCCCGACAGGGCCUAAUUUUACCGUUUGGUGUCUUGGUCCGGCGUGGUAUAGGACCAGCCAAAUAUGCGUGUUCCAUUUUGGCUCUAUUCGUUGAAUUUCUGUGUAAAUUGUAAACAACCAAGGGUGGCCAAAAUACGUUCUAACCUUCAUUAUGAUAGUAGUGUAUUUUCCAGAGAAGUUCCACCCUAAAAUUAAAGAGUCCUGGUGACCAAUUUAUAUGCAUACAGUAUUUAAGAAACGGCUGAUAUUGGAAGUAUAGCUACACAGUUACGUUUGGUUGUUAAAGGAUAUUGCUCAAUUUUUAGAACGAGGAUAUCGAUUACACAAUAGCUUUAGUACUGCAAGAACUGGAGGACCAUGCGCUGGCUCAAGCAAUUGCAGAUUCACAAAGAAGAGAAAUAUACAGUCAACAGCAACCGCCAAAGCAAAACAGGAUAGAUUCAGAGCGGGAAUACAGCCAACAACAGCAGCAACAACAACAACAACAACAACAACAACAACAACAACGGCAAACGGUAUGGAGUUACAACGAGUAAUAAUAAAAAUUGUUUAUAUGAACCAACCAUGAAGUUAUUUGUUAGCGAAAAAUUCAAUACUAUUUGGUAUGCAAGAAGAAAGCAUACUUUGUUGUACUUAUGUUACAUUCCUGGGCGCGAAAUAACGGUCGGUCAACGGACAAUGUCCGGCCAGAAUGCGGAGUUGUCCGGUCAAAUUCUUACCUUGCCGGUCAUUUUGACCGGACACUUUCGGUAAAAGAACAAACUAACUUCAUUUGAAUUAAUAAUCAAAAUAAAUUGUCAAUAAGCUGUUUUAUGUGAAGGAUUACAAAAAGCCUUACUGAUUACAGUAAGGCUUUUUGUAAUGCUUUACUGGGAAAAUAGAGUUGGCCGGUCACGUUGACCGGCGACCCUCCAGCGGUUAUUUCGCGCCCUUGCAUGCAUGCGCAUGCAUGCGCAUGCAUCAAAUGACAGAUGUGUGAUAUGACGAUUCCCCAUUAGAUUCUCCCAUGAAAAUGUUCCUCACUCUUCCUGCUAUAAAAGCAAAUGUUCCAGAUCCUACUCUGUUCCCUCUUGAACAAAAUUUUGAGUAUUAGUACCAUGUCCCUAGAUACUUGAAAUCCAAGGCAGUCCAAUUACAGUAAGCCAUCAGGUUGUACAGCCAUACAUUAACUAUUGCAAAGAAGGCUGCGACAACUGUAGAUGGAUGAUGCAGAAGGUACGUCUUAUUGCCACAGAGACAGAAGAAUGGUGUCGCAAGAAUUUCGAGGUGACGUGUUAUGGUGAGCAUUUUACCCUGAUAUUCUGGUCGGGUGCGCGAAAAGAUAGGAUGGUGGUACAAACAGUCAAAGGAGAAGUACAUGUAACUGUAACUAAACAAAGUUGGCUAAUGUGGUUCAAAAAAUUGGCUGAAAAAUUCUUGACUGCUUUCAAGUAUGUUUUUGCUAUCACUGGUACGGCUGUGAAAUAUAUUGGAAGGUAACUGAACAAUCCGUUUAUGUACGGUUUAUCUCCCUUUACAUCAAUGGAAAUGAUAUCAAGACCACUGAUACUGCGUUUUUAAACUUCUUGGCGGAACCUAUGCACAUGUUGAUAAAAUCACUUCAAAAACUUCCAAGCGUCCUUCUUCCUCUUCGCAUCCUAUGACGAGCAGAUAUCAGUUUGAUGAGACAACUAUUACUCAUUACGCCAUCGUCAUUGAGAGCGUCCAAAAAAACCCACUUCUGAUCCAAAGCCGUCGGCCAAACUACGUCACUGAUAAAGUGUUCAUUUGAGACUUUCAAAAGAAGAGAUGCCCUGUUAGAAAAGUACCAUGCAGCAUUGAUAACAACACACUCGUGGAACUUUUACAAAAAGAGAGCCAAUAACUUACAACUUAGACAAAAAAGAAGUUUUCCAUUGGCAUUGCAUGUUAAAUGGCAAACUUUACAGAACGAAUUUAAAUACGAACAUUAUCAUCAUUCUUUUACUGUAUGGACCAGUUAUUCAUUACUCCUGCAGGUUAAAAUAAAACCCCAUUGUGUUUACAUUUUAUUGAGUACUUAUUAUUAACAUUUGAAUUGCAAAUUAUUGACAUUUUAUUGAGUGGUAUUUUUAGAGUGCUUAAUUACUGCUUAUACGUUUA